AUGGCAGGGCUCACAAAGGACCAAAUCGAUACUUUUGAAAGGGAAGGAAUGCUCUGUAUUCCUGAUUUUUUAACUGGAAAACAGAUUGAAACGCUUAUGGGGCGCUCACGUGACUUUUUGGCGCUGUUCGAUCCGGCUGCUCAUCCAAAGACUCAGUUCAAGACUGGUGAUAAUGAUCAUGUGGGCGAUGAGUAUUUCUUUGAUUCUUCAGAUAAGAUAUCGUAUUUCUUUGAUACUGAUGCGUUUGACGAUGAGGGAAAGUUGAGGUACUCCAAAGAAUUGGCCAUUAACAAGAUUGGACAUGGCUUACAUAUGAAAGACGAGACGUUUGAGGAAAUCACCUUUGAUGAAAAAGUACAGGCUAUUGCGAGAGACCUUGAGUAUAAGGAUCCUCGUGUUCUUCAGAGUAUGUUGAUUUUCAAAAACCCGGUUUCUGCCAAGUCGUCGUCUCGUGAAAACGCUGUGCCUCCUCAUACUGACGCUACUUUCUUGUUCACCAAGCCUCAAACGGCAUUGGGAUUCUGGUUUGCUUUGGAAGAUUGUACGAAAGAGAAUGGAUGUCUUUCGUAUAACCCUGGAACGCACAAAACGAUCCCUGUGACAAAACGUUUUGUGAAAAUCGAUAAGGGCGCCAGUGGCUGUAAUUUCAUUCCUGUGGACCACAAGGAAGCCACCCAGGAAGAUGAUGAAAAGGACUAUAAGUUAGUGGAGUGCAAAGCUGGCUCUCUUAUUUUGAUCAACAACUCUGUGCUUCACAAGUCAGAAAAGAACCAUCUGGAUAAGUCCAGGUAUGCUUAUGCGUUCCAUGUGAUCGACGGGACCGCAGAGUAUGAUGGUUUGAACUGGCUCCAGGUUCCCCCAUCGCCUGAGGGCGGUACUGAGUUUUCCAAGCUCUUCGAACCUCCACAACGCAAUGUCCAAGUUUCAUGA